AUGUUUGCAGAUGAAGCACUUUCAGCUGGUUUAGUGAAUAAAGAAGCGAUGAACGUUGCAAAAACCAUUGCGUCAAAAUCACCAGUUGCGGUAAUGAGUACAAAACAUCUUUUAAACUAUUCACGUGAUCAUUCUGUUGCUGAAGGUCUUGAAUACACCUCGGUAUGGAAUGGUUCAAUGCUUGAUACUAAAGAUGUGACUGACUCUAUUAAUGGUUUUAUGACAAAAACCAAACCAAUCUAUUCAAAACUUUUAACUAAUUGA